CAACAAUCUUAUUUUUACGUUGUUUUUUUUUUUAUCAUACUAGCCUGAUGCCAAUAUGGGAUUUGCAUUCAAAGUAUAUAUUGUGAUAUCACUUAUGCAUUUAACAGAUGUAUUGUGCUUGCAAACACGCUUUAUUACGACAACGGAAUAUAGAUACACGUACUUAGACCGUUAUGGAAUUCCAUGCAAUGGAUCUACUUUCCUUACUUUCCAAGUGGAAGCAUGUCACGACGCUCAUAUAGCAUUAAAAUCCCCAAUUAAAGGAGGACCAAUCGAGAUCGUCAUAGGUGGGUGGGACAAUAAACGAUCGUGUGUACGGCUCACUCCACAAGGAAACUGCCUUGAAACAUAUCAAGGAGCAGUUUUGGAUUGUAAUGAAUAUCGCCCCUUUACUGUGUAUUGGGGAGAUGGACAAAUCCUUCUUAAGAAAGGAAACGCCAAGGCCGGAAAAUCCAACAUCUUUCUUAAUCUUACUUUGAAUUAUCCUCUUGAUGACGUAAACGUAGGGAUAUCUACUGGCUUUGGAUCUUCUGGAAUAUGGAUGUUUGAGGAUGAACCGGCCAGUGCGACAAGUAGAACAACAGAAUGUUCGUCGUUUGCUGCUUCUUCGGUUGCAGUGAUCAUUGGUUCAGUUGGAGCGGUGAUCAUUUUUGGAAUAAUUGUUGGUGUAUUCUAUAGCUUCAGGAACUGCAAGAAAAAUGACCAAUCAGCAAGUUCUGAAACAAACAAAAACUUUGAAUCAGAACGACAACACGGAUUGGAUCAAAUAAGCGAGCAUCACUACGACUCCUUAUCAGCCACUACAAAUAACCUGGAACUUUGCUAAAAACAUAUAAGACCGACCAUCGAAACACAGAAAUGGUGUUGCAAACUGGGCAGAUCAUGAAAUCGCAAAAUAAACGUUUAAACUGUUUUUAAUUACUGAAAGAAGUCUAUCCAGAUCAGAAUAUUGAUUUUGUGUACCAGUUUCUAACAACUUGCAACGGUUUUUAAGUCCACUUAUAGUUUAGUAAUUUUUUUAAUAUACCAUGUCAGCUAUUUCAUAUAAAUACACGUUCAAUUAUUAGAUACAACAAUUUUAAAUGAAUAAAAAAAAAUUGAAAAGGUUUGUCAAAAUUAUCAAUUGCAAUUAUACAUGAUUAAAACCAUUUCAGAAAUACAUUUGGAGAAAUUUACAAAUAAAAGGAUAAGUUCAAUGUCCUUUAUAAAGCUCGUCAUAUUCAUAGACAUGCAUCUUAUACAUGUAUUUUUUUCCCUAGUUAUGUUUUGUUCAGGCAGUCAUGUUGACAAUUGAGGUAUCCAAAACGUUUAUUGAAUUACUUAAAUGGCUCAUAUGUUUAAAAUGCAUAUAAAAAAAUGAUCAGUUUCUUAAACACAAAGAGAUAACAGUUAUUUAAGAACAUAUUAUUAACGACAAUUUGAUGCUACAUCUAAACUGUAUUUAAGAAAACACUUAGCAAACAAUAAACGUUAAUACCUCUUUAUCUGUUAUACUUGCUCCUA